AUGGCUGCCAACGUUGAAGUCAUACCGCCACCUCUUCAAGGGGUGCCUACGUCAAAAGAGAAGCGAUACGACAGACAGCUUCGACUUUGGGCUGCUAGUGGUCAAGCGGCGCUUGAGGAGGCCCAUAUCUUGCUCAUCAACAACGGCCCCGGUGUCGUCGGUGUAGAGACUCUUAAGAAUUUGAUUCUCCCUGGUAUUGGUCAAUUCACCAUACUGGACUCUGCCCUGGUGUCGGAUCAAGAUCUGGGUCUCAACUUUUUCCUUGACGAAUCCACCCUGGGCUCUUUCCGCGCCGAACACACUCGUCGCUUGCUGCAAGAGCUGAACCCUGAUGUCAAUGGGCACGCCAUCACAGAACCCAUCGAAUCCUUCAUCAACAAGCAUGGCGCUCUCACUCCAUAUACGCUCAUCCUCGUCACCGCUCCUACCACUCCCGACGUGCUCCAACUCAUCUCAACCCAUUGCCAAACUCACGCCGUGCCACUCUUCUACAUCCACUGCUCCGGCUUCUACUCGCACUUCUCCCUCUCGCUACCUUCAGCCUUCCCUAUAGUCGACACUCAUCCUGACCCCACUGCGACUACCGAUUUGCGCCUGCUCGCCCCAUGGCCAGAACUCGUCCACUUCCAGAAAGAGAAGACAAGCAACCUACAAGCCCUGUCGCCUGAGGACAUCGGCCACGUUCCAUACCUGCUACUCCUGUUGCACUUCUUGGACGAAUGGCGUGCUUCCCACAAUGGCCAGCCGCCUCAGUCCUACCAAGAGAAGACCGACUUCCGCACCAUGGUCGCAAAGGCCUCCCCUCCAGACGAAGAGAACUUUGCUGAAGCCACUGCCGCCAUCAUCAAAUCGCUCAACCCUCCGACCGCCCCUGCCGACGUUCUCGCCGUCCUUGAUGCUCCCGAAACAAAGUCCUUAGAUGCUACUUCGUCCGCCUUCUGGUUUAUCGCCAGUGCCGUUCGCAUCUUCUACACCACACACAACCAGCUACCUCUUCCUGGCGCCGUACCAGACAUGAAGGCUAGGAGUGCAGACUACAUCCAGCUGCAGAACAUUUACAAGUCAAAAGCCCGCAAGGACGCCGCCGAGGUGCUCCAGACUGUUCGUUCUCUCGAGGCUACCGUCGGUCGUAGAGAGCCCAUCGAUGAGAAGGAGGUUGAGGCUUUCUGUAAGGGUGCUGCCCACAUCAAGCUCGUCCGCGGAAAGCCUCUCCGUAUCGCCCGUGGUGAAGCGCCUCUUCAUUGGGGUGAGGAUGUUGCGAAAUCUGCCGUCGAGCAUCUCAACAACCUGACGUUCGGUCUGGACAGCGGCAUAUUGCACUACAUUGCCUUUGUCGCUUGGGACGCCUUUGUUGGCAGUCACAACGUCAAUGCACUUGGUGGUGAACCAAGAGUUCCGGGCUCCACAGACGCAGAUCUGGAGAACGACGAAAACAAGAUGAUCGGUAUUGCUAGAAACAUCAUCGAUGCAUUGAUCAAAGAAGCUGGUACAUUCAUCGAGAACCCUGGCACAUCAGAGCUCCACAACAUCGGCUCCUUGACUGGCGGCAUGGUAUCACAAGAGGUUAUCAAGGUCAUCACGAAGCAAUAUGUGCCUAUUGACAACACAUGCGUCUUUGACGGUAUCGAAAGCAAGGCCUCGGUGCUUCGCGUCUAA